GGAAACGCUACACCGGAAGUAUCAGGUGAGAGGGAGCGGCGCCGCCGAGGCCUCACCGCUAUGGGCCGCAACAAGAAGAAGAGGCGAGAUGGCGACGGCCGGCGGCCGCGGCUCAUUUUGAGCUUCGACGAGGAGAAGCGGCGGGAGUACCUGACAGGCUUCCACAAGCGGAAGGUGGAGCGGAAGAAGGCAGCCAUUGAGGAGAUCAAGAAGCGGCUCAAGGAGGAGCAGAAGAAGCUCCGGGAGGAGCGCCACCGGGAAUACUUGAAGAUGCUGGCAGAGAGAGAGGAGGCGCUGGAGGAGGCAGACGAACUGGACCGGCUGGUGACAGCAAAGACAGAGCCGGUGCAGUACGACCACCUCAACCACACGGUCACCGUGACCACCAUCAGCAACCUGGACUUCUCAGCGGCCCGGCUGCUCGGACUGCCCCCGCCUGAGCAAGGGGCCGGGCACAGGUCUGAGGAGGGGGCAUCAUCCGCGGAGAAGCCGACCAGAGCCUUACGCAGGAAGUCCAGAGACCCUCUGCUGUCCCAGCGGAUCUCCUCUCUCACGGCCUCACUGCACGCGCACAGGCGCAAGAAGGUCAGGAGGAAACAUCCCAGCCGGGCCCAGGACUCCACCAAGAAGCCCCCAAGCGCCACUCGUACCAGCCUGCCUGGAGGCUGAAGGGAGACCACGUGCAUGAACCUCUUCCCACGGCUCCUGACUUUCCCAGGUGUGUCUUCCGUGUGUGCGUGGCUGCUGCUGAGACACCAUGCCGGGCUCUAUUCUCCACCCCCAAUGACAUAGGAUGUUUUACAACUUAAACCUAUAUUUGUAAUGUUUACUAGUAUUAAGUUCUCAUCCACUUUCUCCCACGUGUGCCCUCGGAAACCAGCAGACCAAGGAAAUUGAAUCAUGGUAAUUUUUGCCAAUCCUAAGAUUGAAAGUGAUAGAGUCAGAACUCUCUGGAGAACUUGUCUUUUCUCUCCAUGUUCUACCUGGAUUCUUCCUGUCGCUCCCCAUCCUGUGGGCCCUGUGGUUUGGGACCUCUAGGAGGUUAAUCAGGAAACAUUAGAUUUAGCUACAUAUAAUAUGAAACAAGAUUUUAAAAUAACUGGCUUAUGUAAGAGAGGAAUUCUCAGGUUAACAAAGAUGGAAGGUAGCUAGCCUGGAGUGGAGAUGGCAGGCUUUUAGCUUUUUGUUUUGUGCCAUUUUCAACAUAUGGGUUCCACCUCGUGGUGGUCCAAGAUGGCUGCCUGAGCUUCAGCCAUCAUAUCUGCCCCUCAGCUGCAGGAAGGAGAAAGGGACGAAGGUCGGGGCCCUCCUUUUAGGAACACUUGAUGCUUGUGCUAUUAGGUAGGCGGCAAAGGCUUAGGGCAGGAGGAAGAGGGAGCUCCCAGUUGCAGGGAAGGCUGGGGUCCGUGGUCUGUUCUGGAAAACCAUGUACCCACUAAGAAUUGGGGAUUGCGUUACUAAUGGGAGAAUUGGUGUUGGGGUGCAAGCAGCAGAUUCUCACACAGGAGCCAAAUAUGUAAAGGGCUGUCCAGAGGGGAUCCAACUGUGGAACUAAAGCCAUAGCAGACGCUCAUCCAGAUGUUCCUGUUACCGCAGUGAACUUCCCAGAUGGGUCAGGCCUGUGCUAGUAAAACAAGGAGCAAUGGCCAUGGUUACUGGGAGCCAGGCCUCAGCUCAGUAGAGGAAAGAACUCUCCUAGUAGGAUCCGUUUUGGGGUGGCCUGAUUCUCCCCUGGGGGCUGAGGUGAGCAGGCUGGGUGGAGCUGCCCGCCAGCGCCUGAAACUGAGGAGGGGAGGGAUCUGAUGUUAAGCCUCAGCUUCCUUCCUCUCCAAAAACCCCUUGACCUUGAUGUUCCCUGGACUUGAGCUGUUGCCCUCCCUUUAGCUGUGUGGAGGACUCUGGGGAGGGGUUCCCAAUUCAUCCUGAGCUUGGAGGGCUUACUGCCUGCUCUUUUGUGAGCAGGUCCAUCUUAGAAAAGCCCUCCUGGGACUUCGUUGGUGGUCCAGUGGUGGUUAGGACUCCGUGCUCCCAAUGCAGGAGGCCCGGUUCGAUCCCUGGUCGGGGAAAUAGAUCCUGAACGCUGCAACAAAACUAACAGAUCCCACUUGCUGCAACUAAGACCCGGCGCAGCCAAAUAAAUAGUUAUUAAAGAAAAAGAAAAAAGAAAAGCCGUCCUGUUCCGAGCAAACAUCUGCCUCCUCCAGAUGCCAGAGAAGCCCUUUAGGUGUUUGCACCCUGCCCUCCACCUUUCUCACCUCGGCUCUGAGCUGCCUCCUCCGGGAAGCCUUCCCUGACACCUGGCAAUCAGUCAUUUCUCCAUCUGGGCUCCCGGGAUACUUUGCGUUUCUUUCUUUUAAACACUGAACGUAUUAUAACCUGGUUACCUCUUUCCCCCCAGCCAGGCCCUGAGCUUUCUGAAUGGGAAGUUGUGUCGGUCAUUUCUGUGUUUCUGCUGUUGAAACAAGACCUGAAUCGCUGUAGGUUUUUGGCCAGUUCUGGCUGGAUUACACUGGACCCAUUCCCCCUCCUCACAGGUGUUCCCACGUAACUCUUGAAAUAAUCUUUUUGAGAUUUUCUUGGCCCUAGUGCCAUUCUUUCCUGUCUGCAAGUUUCCGAAUCUAGUUUUUUUUUUUUUUUUUAACAUCUUUAUUGGGGUAUAAUUGCUUUACAAUGGUGUGUUAGUUUCUGCUUUAUAACAAAGUGAAUCAG